AUGAGAGGCCGUCACCAUGAGGAGGAUGGAGGAAACUUGAACCAAGAAGUUUUAAACGAGCUGAGAUACAUGACGGCUUUAAUAAAUAACUCACGAAGAGGUGGAAGAGUGCAAUUAGCAGAAGCGAUAAAGGAAGCAGAUAAGUAUCCGUUCACUUAUGAGAUCAUGCAUGCGGACAUCCCGGAGAAAUGCGUGUUACCAACGCUUGCAAGCAUAUUCAGUGGAUCGAAAAGUGCAGUGCAACACUUGAAGCAAUAUACCCUUUCGCUGAUGCAAUGGGGACGAAAUGACGCAAUACUUUGUCGAUAUUUCCCUGCGAGCUUAGCAGGGGAGGCAUUAGCCUUGUUUGAUGGACUCCCGGAAAAGUCAAUAUCAUCAUUCAAAGAUUUGCAGAAGAUAUUCUUGACGACGUAUAUAAGCGACAACUUGUUGAGGCCAGGGAUAGAGACUUUGUUCAACCUGAGGAGAAGGCCAGCGGAAAGCUUGCGAGGGUUGGUCACGAGAUGGAGAACAGUGUGUAGCGAGUUAGCAAGGAGAGUUGAUAAACGAAAGUUCAUCUUAGCCUUCGUGAAUGCUUUGAUCCCAACGGACCUGUUGUACACACAAAUAUUCAUUAUUCGAAACUCGAUAACGAUGAAUGAGUUGAGGGAGUACCAGGAGGAAUACAUAGAGUUGGAGGAAAAGCAGAGGCAGGUCAACAAAAUGACAUUGUCCCCAGUGAAAGAAGGAAAUUCUAGGCUAUUACCAAGGACGGUGCAUGCAGUAGGGAAUGAACCCAGACGAGGAAAGGGAGAGCCAACAGUUCCAGUCCCAACAAAGCUUGUAGCUGUCUCGAGUGGAGAUCAGGAGUGGAUUGAUCAACAAAGGUAUGAGGAGUCAAAACGAAGAAAUCAUGAGCCACGAAGCUACAAUACGUGA